AUGUUCUCACUGGUUCUGGCGGUUAACAGCAACUCGGCCUGCGUUUUCCUGAGAGAUUUUGCUUUUUACGGCAACGCUGAGUGCAGUGCGACUCCAACUUAUAUCUCUACUCAGAUCUAUUCCACCUUUCUACCAAAUAUCAAUAACCCUUUAAGUCCAAAAUCCUCAUUCUUCAAUGGAAGAACAAUUGCUACUCACACCUCCCACAUCAUCAAAUCCACCUCCCAUAACAAUUCUUCAAUCUCCAUGUCCCUCAACACACACAAUCUUCAUUCCUUCAAAUUCAAACCCAUCGAAGAAUCCAUCGUCUCUCGUGAAAUAUCACGCUGUUACAUAACAAACAUGGUUACCUACACCGACGUUGUCAUCCUCGGUGACAGUUCCUCCGGUCUCUCGUGCGCUUACGGAUUAAGCAAAAACCCUAACAUCGGUAUAGCCAUAAUCGAACAAUCCGUCAGUCCCGGUGGCGGUGCUUGGCUUGACGGCCAACUCUUAUCCGCCAUGGUUGUCCGCAAACCAGUUGACCUCUUCCUUGACGAAAUUGAAGUUGAUUACGACGAACGAGAAGAAUACGUUGUAAUCAAACAUGUUGCUUUGUUCACUUCAACAAUCUUGAGCAAGCUUCUUGUUAGAUCUAACAUGAAAUUGUUCAAUGCUGUUGCUGCUGAGGAUCUGAUUGUGAAAGAAGGAAGAGUUGGUGGUGUUGUUACGAAUUGGGCUUUGGUUUCAAUGAAGCAUGAUAUACAGUCUUGUAUGAAUCCUCAUGCUAUGGAAGCCAAGGUUGUUGUGAGUUCUUGUGGACAUGAUGGUCCUUUUGGUGCUAAUGGCUUAAAAAUGCUUGAGCGUGUUGGUAUGAUUGACUUUGUUCGUGGAAUAAAUUCACUUGACAUGAAUACCAGUGAACAUGCUUUUGUUCGUCUUACUAAGGAGAUUGUUCCUGGUAUGAUUAUUACUGGUAUGGAAGUUGCUGAAAUGUAUGGAACUCCAAGAGUGGGUCUAAUAUUUGGAGCUAUGAUGAUAUCAGGGCAGAAGACAGCUCAUUUGGCAUUGAUGACAUUGGAGAAGAACAAUGCAAUUAAUUGA